UCUACUGUGUCUGUAUGUUUAGUGGAAGUUUCUCCGUCAUCUGUAGCGGAAUUAUUGCCUUCUACAGGACAGACACGAGCGACCCCCACUACAUCACUUGCGUCAGAAGUAACAGUAACAACAUCAACUAACAUUGGAAAAACAGAUACCACAACAAUCAUGGCGUCUAAAACAUCCAGAAUGUCAAAGGAUUUAUCAGUGAGUGUCUCUCCAACGGAGCCUGCUGAUAAUCAAGAGAAGAUGGUUGAAAAAUACUUGGAUAAGUUGAAUCAGUUAAACUUAAGUGACGAGAAUUCUCUCCAGGCUGCAGUCAAUGAGACAGAGAAAUUGCUUACAGUUUUCCAAAAAAUCGCAAGUAAAGACCGUUCAGGCGUAGAAGUGAAUUUGUUGCUAGCCGCUCAGCACCUUGAAUUGCUGGCUUCACAAUAUGCUGAGAAGCAUAUGUUGAAAAAUAGCAGCUACCACUCAACCACAAUACCCACUAGAGAACACUUAGUCAUGGAAGUUCAAACCAUUAAAGCAGGUCAUAAAAAGGAAGUGACGUUUCCUUCUGAGGAAUUUCAAGGUCAACCGUCAAGUGAUAAUAAUUUAUUACGUGAAAGGUUCAUUUUACCACCAAAACUCUUCGAAAAACAAGAAACUGUGGUACUUGGAAUAGCUUACCAAGACCUGCACAAACUUCUUCCAGAUGAAUGCCAAUACCUUCUUGAUGGGUAUGUAUUUUAA